AAAAAGACAGAAAUCAUGAAAGCCAAAGCAAAAGAUAAGUGUUGUGUUACAAUAAAGAAUGGGAGAAAAGGAAAGAAGCACGUUGUGAAGUCACAAACUGAACCAAAAAGCACUUCUUCACUGUUAACAUCACAAAUGAAAAUCCUUUGCUCUCUUCCUCCAUCUCUUUCAUAUUUUCACUUUUCUUUGUUCAUGCAAGAUCCAAAGAACGAUUCAAACACAAGAUGCAGGAAGCCAUGGUAUCAAAGAGCAAUGGAUGUGACAAGUUUAUGGAAAAUAAUUUCAAAAUCAACACAAAUUUCAUCUCCUAAUAAUAACUCAUCAAGUUUAUGGAAAACAAUUCCAAAACCUCCACAAGCUCCUACAACAAGUCCUAGCAAUAAGGCCAAGCUAAGAAAAUGUAAAUCUCUAAAGGUAGCAACAUCAUUCACAAGGGUUUGUUUAUGUGCACCAAUUUAUUCAUACAAUGAGAUUUUGAGAAAUGAGGUUCCACCUAGAAGAAGUAAUAGUUAUCCGAGAUCGUCGAAACCGUUGCAAAGUGCAUCAUCACAUGAGAGAAUUCAUAGUGCUAGGGUUAGCACGGAGGGAUCAAGAAGAGUUUUUAGAGGUAAAUCAUUGAAUGAUGAUGUUUUGAUGAGAAGGUUUGUGAUUGAGGAAGAAGCUAUGAUGCAAAUUAGGAGAAGAAAUCAAAUGGAAGUUAUUAGGAAAAGGAGUAUGAUGAGAAGAAAAAAGAUUGGGCCUAGUCCUCUUAGUAGAAUGGUUAUGGCUAAUGAUAUAAUUGAUUAGUAGAAAUGUUGUAAUGUUUAAUCCAAAAUUGGUGAUUUUGUGAUUCA